AAGGCCCAUUAAUUUUAAACCCUAAACCUCACUCUCUCUCUCUCUCUCUCUCUCUGAGGUGAUGAUGAUGAAGCUUGUGCGUUCAUGCAAUUCGUCAAAUUUAUUGGGUGAUCAUAAUGUUCUUGGCAGGGGUUUUAGGGCUAUGUUGUAUAUUACCCAAACCCCAACAACAUCUUCAACUUCUAAGGACACUCUGUUCAAUCGAAUAUCACUUGCAGGUGACCCUAGGGUUUCGAUGUUUCCGAUUCUGGAUCAAUGGGUCGAAGGAGGUAGAACUGUUGACAAAUCUGAACUCAAAACCAUCAUCAAGCUCCUCAGAAAAUACAAACGCUUCAAUCACGCUCUCCAGUUGUCUGAGUGGAUGAGUCACAGUUUGAACCUUGCCCCAUCACCUGGAGACGUUGCAGUUCAGUUGGAUUUGGUAUCGAAGGUUCAUGGCCUAGAACAGGCAGAGAAGUAUUUUAAUAACAUCCCAGACACUUUGAGAACCUUCCAUGUUUGUGGCGCUCUAUUGAAUUGCUAUGCCAACAAGAAAUCCUUGGCCAAAGCAGAGACCAUCAUGCAGAAGAUGAGGGAGUUCGGGAUUUUGAAAAAAUCACUGUCUUAUAACGUUAUGCUGAAUCUCUAUUCAAAGAUGGGACAGCAAGAAAAGUUUGAUUCUCUCAUCAAAGAGAUGGAAGAGAAGGGCAUCAGUUGUGAGAGAUCCACAGUAUACAUCCGAUUGAAUGCAUAUGCAGCUGUGUCUGACAUAAAGGGAAUGGAAAAGCUUCUUACACAUAUGGAAAGCGAUCCUCGAUUCACCAUGGAUUGGAAUUCUUAUGUUAUAGCAGCAAAUGGGUACUUGAAAGCUGGACUUUUCGAAAAAAGUUUGGAAAUGCUAAAGAAAUCAGAGCAACAUAUACAUAGUAAAAGAAGAGGGUUUGCUUAUGAAAUUCUCCUCACUCUAUAUGCUGGUCUUGGUAACAAAGAUGAGUUGUAUCGUAUAUGGAAUUUGUACAAGCAAAUGGGGAAAAUAUACAAUAGGGGCUAUUUUCGCAUGAUAAGCUCAUUGGUCAAGUUGGAUGACCUUGAUGGAGCUGAGAAGGUCUUAGUGGAGUGGGAAUCUGUGAAUACGUCUUUUGAUUUUGAUAUUCCAAAUUUGCUUAUCAAUGCUUAUUGCAAGAAGGGGCUUUUGGAGAAGGCUGAAAUGUACAUAAGCCGGGCUAUAGAGAGAGGAAAGGAGCCUACAGCAGGCACGUGGGAUCAUCUGGCAACUGGAUACUACAAAGAUAACCAGAUGGCAAAAGCAGUGGAGAUAAUGAAGAAGGCAAUCAUGGCUGAUCAACGUGGAUGGAAACUUAAUUAUGUUACUUUAACAGCAUGUGUAGUAUACUUGAAAGAGACUGGAGAUACGGAAGUAGCAGAAGAGUUCACGAGGUUGCUUUGCUUGCCAAACAUGGACAUUUCGCAGAGAUGCCUAAAAUAAAUAUUACAAAAGAUGGAUAUUUUGGAGACAAACUCGAUGAGAUAGAGGGGGAUGAUCAGGAAGUGGAGGGAAAUACAUAUGGGGUAAUGGAGUUGAGGUACGAGGGCAACAGCUAAUUUACAUAAAAGUCACCAGUGUUUGUUGUUGCUUGCAUAUACAAGUUAUUCAAAGUUAAAACUACCUAGAAUACAACCUCAAGUUUGAGAUUUUCCAGCUGAAGUUUCUCUGGUUGUGAAAUGUAAGGCGGGCCUCAUGACUUUUCAAGACUAUAGUUCCUGUCGAUGAAUUGAUCAUGGGAUUUGAACAACAAAACUACAGCUUGAUGAGAUGACUUUUAUUAGUCUCAGCAUAAGUAUUGAAUUUGAUGGGCCGAUUCAUUCGAUCUCGGCUCUACAUUACAAGUAUUCCAGAAGGUAAGAGGGUGGAGAAUUAAGGGAUUCUCCCCCAGUUUAUGUUGUCUCAGAGGGUCUUGUAAAACCACUGUACAUUGCAAUUCUCUUUAUAUUUUCUGAUGAGUUUGAGAUUGUGAAUGUAAUUGAGAUGAAUAUGUUGCUAGGGCCGUUUUAUUUAUCAAAACUGAUUUUUUUAUGAUUCUUAAUCUGAACCAACAUUUUUUUGGUA